CCCCGAAACCUCAACCUUCUCCCUACCUCUCUUCUUGGACCCCCUUUUGCUUCAAAACUUCAAAUUCCUAGUUACCCAAAAAACCACCAUCUCUGAGCUCCGGCGAAAUCAGUAGCCUGAACCCAGAAACCUCUCUCUUUGGUUCUCCAUGGCCACUUCUCUACUUUGUCCAAACACCUUCCUUCAUGGCACCAAGAUCUUCUCUGCUCCCCCAAGAAGGGUCUCACCUCCGAGAAGCUUCAAACCCGUAGCUUCCAUGGCUUCGGACCACGUUCCCAAGCAGUUCAGGGAAGAGAACCUCAAAGAUGGAUUGAUGGAUAAUUAUAAGAAUGUGCCGCAAUAUCUGUAUGGGCUUUCUCCUUCCCAAAUGGACAUGUUUAUGACUGAAGAUAACCCUGCAAGACGCCAGUCGGAAAGUGUUACAGAGAAUAGCAUUUCAUCCGCCAACAAUUAUUUGAACAAUGGAGGGAUGUGGAGUAUGUCAGGCAUGGAUGAAAAGGGCCCUGCAAAAUAUAGUAUGAGUGUGAGCAUGUAUCGUGGUGGUGCAACAGGAUACGGGAGACCCCGAACUGCUCCUCCGGAUUUGCCUUCUUUACUAUUGGAUGCUCGGAUUUGCUACUUGGGAAUGCCGAUUGUGCCAGCAGUAACUGAGCUUCUGGUUGCUCAGUUUAUGUGGUUGGAUUAUGAUAACCCCUCGAAGCCUAUAUAUCUGUACAUAAAUUCAUCUGGAACACAGAAUGAGAAGAUGGAGAGCGUUGGAUCUGAAACUGAGGCAUAUGCCAUUGCUGACAUGAUGAAAUAUGUCAAAGCAGAUGUGUAUACAGUGAAUUGUGGCAUGGCCUAUGGUCAAGCAGCACUGCUCCUGUCACUUGGAGCAAAGGGUUAUCGUGCUGUGCAGCCGAAUUCCUCCACAAAGUUAUAUCUGCCUAAGGUCAGCAGGUCAAGUGGAUCAGUCAUUGACAUGUGGAUUAAGGCCAAGGAACUGGAUGCAAACACCGAGUAUUACAUUGAGCUGCUUGCGAAAGGAACGGGGAAAUCCAAGGAAGAAAUUGCUAAAGACAUCCGGCGCCCCAAGUAUUUUCAAGGACAAGAAGCUAUAGAAUACGGGCUUGUUGACAAGAUAAUUGAUUCACGUGAUUCUGCAUUUGAGAAACGGAAUUACGAUGAGAUGCUUACUCAAUCAAGAGCUAUGAGGAGAGCUGGCGCAGGGCCUCAAGCAGCUCCAUCUGGAUUUAGGUGAUUGGAUGAAGAUAGCAUUGCAAAGAUGUAGAAAAAGAAUGUCUGAGCUGGUCUUCUCUUCCCUUCCAUAUCUACUACCUUUUAGAAGCUGGCUGCAUUUGGGGUUUUCGCCGAAGACAAUGAUAUAAUGUCCCACUUUAUGACCAGGCAGCAGUUGUUUUGUAUUUCCGAAGCUGUAUAUGUUGGUAGUUCGGAUAAGUGUUAUGUUAAAUGACUUGUGAAUUAUUGUCGGAAAAAAAAAAAAGCACAAAAAACAAGAACUUAUAGAACCCAAAGGCCUUCAGAAAUUUCUUCAA